AUCAUCUAAUCGUCGCAAUGCCUGUCAGCAUCCUCAUCGUCGGCGCUGGCGCCAUCGGAGCAUUCUAUGCAUCCCGCCUUGCUGUUGUUUCGGGUGUUUCCGUCUCGGUAAUUUGCCGCUCGAACUACAAAGCGGUGAAAGCCAAUGGCUUCCAAGUCACCUCUCCCCAGUACGGCGAUUACACAUUUGUGCCGGCCAACACCUUCGCGAACCCAGACGAGGCAAAAAAGAGCGAGAUAGAAUGGGAUUACAUUGUCGUGAGCACCAAGGCGUUGCCAGACGUGAGCGAUGACUCGACCAUACUGGAGGGUCUAGUGAGCGGUAAGACAGCCAUUGUGCUGAUCCAGAACGGCCUCGGUGUGGAGGACCCAUAUACAAAACGUUUUCCACAGGCGGCGAUAUGCUCGGCAGUCACAAUAGCAACAUGUGCACAGCCUGAACAUGGGCAGAUCAAGCACAACAGGUGGACGCGCAUAAACAGCGGACCGUACCUACCGCAUCUAGACACUGGGGGGGCCAAAGAUACAGACGCUCGCAUUACGGAACAGAACGAAGCGUUCAUUGCUCUGCUCAAAGAGGGUGGCAUCAAGGAUGCAGAAGCCUACUCGCAUGCUAAACUGCAAUUGGUCCGCUGGCACAAGAUCGCCAUCAACGCCUCCAUGAACCCGACAUCUGUACUUACCAUGUGUCUCCCCAAUAACGUCAUGUCUCUCGACCCAGAGCUUCAGCGCCAUCUCAAAGGCGUGAUGGAGGAGAUCCUGGAUACUGCGCCCAAGAUCCUAGGCCAGCCCAUGCCAAAGGAGUUCGCUACACCAGACGCGAUCAUCAAGUCCACGCAGAAAAAUACUAGUGGCAGCCGACCGAGUAUGGCAGUAGACUGGGAGGCGGGGAAGAAAAUGGAGAUUGAGGUCAUCCUGGGAAACCCGUUGAGAAUUGCAAGAGAAAGAGGAUAUGAGAUGCCAAGGCUACAAAGCUUGUAUGCGAUGAUUAGGAUGGCACAAGAGGUCAGGGAUCAGAAGAAGGACAUUAAGCUAUAA